UUGAAAAAUACAUAACAAAGAAAAGCUAAAACAAGAAGUCAUCCCCUCUUCUUCCUCUUUCUUUCAAUUCAUCUCCUUUUCUUCUUCUUCUUCCUCAGAAUUUUCUGCCAUCGGAAAACCCUUGAUUGUCAUCAGGGAAUUCAAGAUAUUCCAAAGAAUUGAACCCCCUCGAUCGGAAACCCUAGAGCCCACCAUCAAUUGCUGCUCCCCGUGUGUGCGUGUUAAUAUAUGGGGGCCUUGAAUUGGGGUAAUCAAGUGCAGACUCGCUGGGAUCUCUGCGGAUUUCAUGCUAUUUUCUUGUUGAGGCACUUUCUUGUGGAUUAGAUUUUCUACAUUACCGCUUAAGGCUGCAUAUUGUGGACUUGAUUUGUGACCUUAUAUUUAAUGGAAGAUGACCAUGCCAAUGGAUAACAACAAAGAAAAUUCCUCAAGAGAGCGUGUUCAGCGCCUCUUCAACAAGAAUGUUGAGUUGGAGAACAAGAGAAGGAAAGCGGCACAGGAGAGAAUCCCGUCGGAUCCUAACACAUGGCAAAAUAUGCGUGAAAAUUAUGAAGCAAUUGUCCUUGAAGACCAUGCGUUUUCUGAACAACAUGAUGUAGAAUAUGCUUUGUGGCAAUUGCAUUAUAGGAGGAUCGAGGAGCUAAGGGCACUCUUCAAUGCAGCUGUAGCUUCAGCAGCAUCAGCUGCGCCGCAAAAUGGGAAAGGUCCAGUUCGAGGAGGACCUGAUCGACUUAUGAAGAUACGGUCCCAGUUUCGGACUUUUCUUUCCGAGGCUACUGGAUUUUAUCAUGAUCUGAUGUUGAAGAUAAGAGCAAAGUAUGGUCUGCCAUUAGGAUAUUUUUCUGAUGAUCCAGAUAAUCAGAUUCCGAUGUCAAAAGAUGGAAAUAAGUCUUCUGAGGUGAAGAAAGGUUUAAUAUCAUGUCACAGAUGUUUGAUUUAUCUCGGAGAUCUUGCUCGUUACAAAGGCUUAUAUGGGGAAGGGGAUUCAAAAACUCGGGAUUUUGCGGCUGCAUCAAGCUAUUAUAUGCAAGCUUCUUCACUCUGGCCUUCAAGUGGUAAUCCGCAUCAUCAGCUUGCUAUACUGGCUGGAUAUUCGAAUGAUGAACUGCUCUCAAUUUAUCGCUAUUUUCGAAGUUUAGCGGUUGAUAACCCUUUCAUUACUGCAAGAGACAACUUGAUUAUUGCAUUUGAGAAGAAUCGUCAGAAUUAUUUGCAACUACUUGGUGAUGCUAAAACUGCUACAAUGAAGACAUCACCAUCAAGGACUCAUGGAAAAGGAAGAAGCAAAGGGGAAAUGAGGUCAUCUUUCAAAGAUAAUAAAGUGGAAGCUAGUGCAGUUAAGCAAAGAGCUUCAAAUAAUUUUGAACUCUUCAAAGCCUUUAUCACGCGAUUUGUUAGGCUGAAUGGAAUUCUCUUUACACGCACAAGCCUGGAGACCUUUGCUGAAGUGUCCUCAGUGGUUAAAAGUGAUCUAUUGGAACUUCUUUCUUCUGGGUCAGAUGAGGAGUUCAGUUUCGGUUCAGAUGCUGCUGAGUGCAGGCUUGCAAUUGUCAGGAUGAUUGCCAUUCUGAUAUUUACUGUGCAUAAUGUAAACAGGGAAAAUGAGAAUCAAUCAUAUGCUGAUAUUCUACAGCGUUCGGUCCUGCUUCAAAAUGCUUUUACUGCGACCUUUGAAUUUAUGGGUUGCAUUCUUGAACGGUGUAACGAGUUAAAUGAUCCCUCAUCGAGCUAUUUAUUACCUGGGAUUAUGGUUUUUGUGGAAUGGUUGGCUUGUCAUCAGGAUGUUGCAGUUGGCAGUGAACUGGAGGAGAAACAAUUGAAUGCUAGAUCAUUGUUCUGGAAUAAAUGUAUCUCAUUUCUAAACAAGCUCUUAGCAAGUGGAUAUGUCUUUGUUAAUGAAAAUGAAGAUGAAACGUGUUUUUCUAAUAUGAGCAAGUAUGAUGAGAGUGAGACUGCUAAUCGACUUGCAUUACCAGAAGACGUUGAAUUGAGAGGAUUUCUUCCCAUUCUUCCUGCUCAACUCAUCCUUGAUUUUUCAAGGAAGCACUCUUUUGGCGGUGAUGGAGGCAAUAAAGGAAAAAUUUCCCGUGUUCAGAGGAUUAUUGCAGCGGGAAAGGCCCUUGCUAACGUUGUCCGAAUUGGCCAGGAGGGAGUCUAUUUUGACACUAAGCUGAAGAAAUUUGUGUUUGGAGUUGAGCCACGGAGUUCUGAUGAUUAUUUGCUUACCAAUCAGUUGGAACCCGUUUUGAAUGGUAGCUCUCUGGACAUCCCAGUAGGGAGCCAAAUGGCUCUGGGUGUUGUCUCUAAGAUAGAGGCGGGUAUAGAAGCUGAGGAUGAGGAUGAGGUGAUUGUUUUUAAGCCAUCCACUACUGAGAAGCAUAUGGACGAGCUUUCCUCAAAAUUAGCUUCUCCAGAGGUGGCGGCUUCUGUUGGUGGGGCUGGCAAGAUUGAUUUUGGGAAUGAGAAUGGGUCCUUCUCUGUUGCACAUGAUAGUUUCCUCUUGCAGAGUGCAUUAAGUUCAAGCAUGAAACCUUCUGCAACUGUUGCUAAUAGCACUUCUCAGUAUCUGCAGCCUAUCCAAUCCAGCAUGUCUAAGUGGCCUGUAGAACAUGCUCCAAUUGUGGAUGGUUUGGCCCACUUGAAUUUGACGGAAAAUGGACUCUUACUGCAGUCUGAAUUGCAAGAUAGGUUUGGAGUUCCUCAACCUGCUGCUCUUCCCAUGCCCUAUCCCCAGUUUGUUAAUACUGGCGCCAGCAAUAAUCAUUCCAUUCAGAUUCCACAAGCCACCGUACCAUCAAAAUUUGACUCCAUUAUUUCUUCCGGAGCAUCACCUGAUGUGCUCUCUGUGAAACCAUCUUCUGUCAUGGCCCCAGGUUUAAAGAAGAAUCCAGUGAGUCGACCUGUUAGACACUUUGGUCCACCACCUGGAUUUGGUUCUGUUCCUUCCAAAGUUGUGGAUGAUCCAUUGUACACUGUGGCCUUGAAAAACGAAAGUCCAAUUCCGCAAAUGGAUGAUUACAGUUGGCUAGAUGGGUAUCAGUUGUCUUUCUCAAACCAAAGUGUUGGAUUCAGUAAUUCAAUGAAUCAAGUAGGUCCCACAUUCUCUUCUGUGAGCAAGAGCAAUGGCUCAAUGGAGAUAGCCGCCUUCCCUUUCCCUGGGAAGCAAGUCUCUACGCCGCAAGUCCAGAGUGAAAAUCAGAAAGGCUGGCAGGAUAAUCACUUUUUGGAACAUAUGAAGCAGUAUGAUGAGCAGCAGCAACAAUUUCAGAAAGGACACCAACAGCCUAUGGCUCCACGCCAGCAGUAUCAAGGACAAUCUCUCUGGGAAGGUCGUUUCUUUGUGUGAGAUGAUUAAGAGAGCAUACAUGACAAAGGUCGUAACCGGUUUACCGCAGCAAAUGUCCAUGGCUGGGUGCUAUUAUUUCAUCCAUCGCUGUUGAAGAAUGGCCAAAUGUUAUUAGGUUUCUAAUGGACCAUGGUUGGUCUGGGAGUAUUGCAGGCACCUGCUGGUGAAUAGAUGAUGUACCUUAAUCAUGCCAGCUUGUGCCGAGCUUACCAGACUGGUUGAAUGGAGCUUAUGAUUUCAAUAGGUGAAGUACGUCUCAAAUUUUAUAAGCUUGGUUGCCUUCUCUGGUUGGAUCAGUUGGGAUAAAAACCUUCAGGGAUAUCGGAUUGUGGUGGGCGUUGAUGAAACUAAAAGAAGUGCUUGCAAAUCCUCUACUGUUGUGGCUGGUGGAAGGUUUUUCAUUCAUAGCCUUUGUCCGUCUACCAUAAAUAUGUCAUGAUGCGAAGUUUCAGAAGCUAAAAUCCAAUCGUGUAACUCUUUGCAGUGGUCAGUAUGUCAACGAGUUCUGAUGUGGGAUUUGAAAGUCGUGGAAAAUUUUCUUUUUUUAUCAGAGUAUGUGAUGCAUGUUAGUCUAAAUAAGUGUGCGAUUGCGAACGCAAAUAAAGGUAUUUCAACUUUCGUGGUUGAUGUUUUCGUUGUAAACCAGAGACAUCGCAUUCGUGGGUGAAUGUUUUUGGAUUCUUAUGAAGUAGAUUGUGAUGUUAA